UGCAACCUGCAACCGACGACCACCCGCCCUCACUCUCGCGCUUUCUGCCCUUCGGGGGCCCCCCGCCGGGGACAUCGAGUCUCGACAAUACCCGGGCGCGCAGCCAUGGACGUGGAAAUGGCCACGGACGCUGCGCCGCCUGCUCCAGCUCCGGCGCCGACCACACCGGCCUCUGUUGGAAGCCCGGGAACCCUCAAGCACGGCGAGCCCAGGCGGCGCAACCGACCGGCACUCUCAUGCAUCCAAUGUCGAACGCGCAAGAUUCGCUGCGAUCGCAACGAGCCUUGCGCCAGUUGCAUGAAGUCCAAGAUCGUCAAUUGUACCUAUGAGGAGGCGCGCCGCCCGAAACCGCGGCUAUGGAGGCUCUCCCCGGCCCCGCCUGCUGGCGGCCAUCCCGAGCUCUCCCCAACCUCGACGGAAGAGCGCGCGGGCGCCGGCUCGACCUUCUCCUUCAGCAGGGAUAUGGCAGCGCCAGUGCCGCCGCAGCCCGCAACCUCGAAUCCUUCAGUUGCCGGUUCGGGUGUGCCGCCGCCGCCCGGUAGAACCUCAGAACCGCUGUCUGGCGUGAGCCCGCGCUCGCUGCCGCAGAUGCACCCUGCCGAAGCCGGUACCGAAUCCGCUGGGCCGCUCGGCAGCACGGCGGCUCUCGCUGAGCGGGUCCGGCAUCUCGAACAGCAGCUCGCUGAUGCCCUGAAACGCCCCGGAUGUGGGUCUCCAUCAUCCCGCUCGGCGCACGGGGCGUUAUUCCCGGACCGGGGCCCCCAAUAUCGACCCUCCAAGUUGAACUGCUGGAUCGACGGUGAAAAGCUCUUUCCCCUCGUUGUCAAUGUCGCCGAACGCAUCAAGUCGGACAAGAGUUCCGACGCCUACUUCCUCCUCCAGAAAUGCAGGGACCUGGGCGGGGCCAUUCUAUCUAUGAGAACUGCCACAUCCGCCCCGGCUCAGCUCGGUCACACCAUACCACCCAAGGCCACUGUUCAGCGACUCGUGGACGCGUACUUCAGGACCUUUGAGAGCGUUUACAGAAUCCUCCACCGACCUACUUUCUGGCAGGCUUACGAGGAGUACUGGAAGAAUCCAAGCGCUGCUGACCUGGGCUUCGUGGUGCAGCUGCAACUCUGCAUGGCCAUUGGCACAUGCUUCCAGGACGAUGUCGCGGCUCUCCGUCGUUCAGCUGCUCAGUGGAUAUACGAAGCGCAGGUUUGGCUAGUGACCCCCAUUGAAAAGUCCCUGAUCAGCGUCAGUGGCCUCCAGGUCAUGUGCUUGCUUCAUCUCGCCCGAGAGACGUGCGGUGUCGAAAGCGACAUGGCCUGGAUAAGUGCCGGCUCACUAUUACGGACUGCCAUGUUCCUCGGUCUCCACCGCGACCCCGAUAACUUGCCAGAUAUGUCAGUAUUCAAUGCCGAGAUGAGGAGACGCCUGUGGGCGACCGUCUUGGAGAUUGUCCUCCAAGCCAGCCUGGACUCCGGCGCCCCGCCCUUGCUGGCUUUGUCCGACUUCGAUACGCGCCCCCCAUCCAAUUACGAUGACGAGCAGUUGAGCGACAACGCCAAAUUGCCUUCGAUACCCCGGCCCCCAAAUGCCUUUACCCAAACCACCGUUCAAAUCGCACUACUUCGCUCUUUCCCCGUACGCCUAGCCAUUGCUCAAUAUGUCAACCAUUUCCAUUCCCACGCCACGUUCGAGGAGACUCUAAAAUGGAAUACCGAGUUGACAAACUCGUGCCGCGCGCUCUCAGCCACGUUCCAGCCCUUUUACGACCCGGCCGGCAUCUUACCCAAACGCCUGUCGCUAUUUCAGUUACGCCUAGCCGAACACUUGGUACAUCGCUUCUUCCUGGCCCUCAAUCACCCCUGGUUAUUGUCGGCACACAAUAACCCGACGUACUACUUUGCGCGCAAAAUGUGCGUUGAAACGUCCCUCAAGCUCUACCGGGCCAUCGCGACUGGGUCUCCGGCCGGUGAUUCUGGCACCGCAAGCCAGACCGACGACUUUACCAGACUUGCCACUUGCGGGUACGGGGCGUUCCGCUCCGUCCCAACCCUAGCCGUCCUCACUAUCUGCCUGGAGCUGCUAUGGCAGGUGCAGGAGGACCGCUCGUUCAGACAAAGUAUGAGCAUAGAUCAUCCGCUCGAACGUCCGGCACCACCUGGAAGCGAACCAGACGUGAGCAGCUCUGUGGGUAUUGGAAUCGGUAGCGGAGCCGCGCCUCGGCAGGAACUCGUGGAGGCGGUCAAGUACGCCAUCGGGUGGACUUCGCGACGUGUCAGAUUCGGAGAAACAAAUGUUAAGGGCUACCUUCUGUUUUCUGCGCUCCUAUCCCAGGCGCAAGCCGUGCAGCGCGGUGCCUCAGAUGCGGAAGUAGAGCGUCAGGUGCUAAACACCGUGGGGGAGGAACUCAGCCGCUGUCUGGUGUUGCUUGAGGAGGCAGCUGGCCGGGAUCCAUCUUUUGCGGCAAGUGGCGGCGGCGAGAGGGCUCUUGAUAAAAGAGCCUCGGGAUGGAGUGCGACAAGGGGAUCCAACAAUACGGAUCGGACACGUGGAUUCAACUCUAUCUUCAACAUUCACGAUGCAAAUUUCUUUGUCGGCACUUGAUUCUUUCCAGAUAAUUACUUGUCCGAUGCCGCAUAUUACAUCUGAACACCCAGUCGCGUAAGCUUGCGAUAGUGUUCCGGGGUCAAAGGUUCGGACCCAAACGGUCUCUGUAACCAGACCAGAUUCCACGGGCAUCUAUCGUCUUUGCCAUUGCCGGGCCUGGUGAGGCAGAGGUCUCCUCCAUCCACGCCAUGUGCAUUUUCUGAGGUUUUGACAAGACUGCCCAUGUUUACAUAUAGCACCCUUCAAGCCAUUGUUGGGAUGCAAGUGAGAAUAUGAAUCUUGGUUCACUGUUCCGCCCCGCCGGGGGGGGGGGGGGGGGAGGAAGGGGAGGGAAGGGGGAAAGUGGCUUGGGCAUUCCUAACACAUGAAUGUUUCGGCCUUGCAGCUUGUCCCAACUGUUCAACACUAAGUUGAAGACGGGCUUAUCUCCGCACCCAGUUCCCACUACAGUACUGACAGAUCUCUUCCACCAGCGGUGCUAGAGGUGGAUGUAGAUGUUAGAAGUGAAUCGAAAUGAUCCGGAAUUUAAUGCCCU